CCCUCCUCCUCCUUUAUCCUUCUCCCCUCUUUUAUCUAAGUGUUCACGGCCCCCACAUUCUCACAGCGACUCAGAGCCGUGGAACGUCACAUGCCACCAUGAGUGUCCUGCCAUGCAGUUUUCUCUUCCUCCUCCUCGUCUGCCUCCCCGUCCUCACUGAGACCAAGCGGCAGCCUGGUCAGGGAAAACCCGACAAACCCCACCAGCCUCCGCCAUCACAGCCACCGGCCAAAAGACCUAGAAAUCGUUCAGUCCCCGGUUCUGGUGAGCUGACUACCAAGGAGGGCCAUCGCUGCACUUGGCAGACGUCUGGUGAAAGCCUGGUGACCCUGGUGGUGAACUGCAGCACUGAAACAUUGGGAGACCAGCAGAGGUAUUGGUGUCGUUACGCCGGCAAACCAGACCUUUGCCAGGCCUACGGGGUGAAGUCCAGCCAGUACUGGAAGCAGCUGGUGGGGAAGCUGAAGAAGAGGCAGAACGCCUGUGAAGGAGAGAAAGUCCUGAAGGCCAAAACCUGCAAGAAGGCUCCUGCUGAGGCCCACAUGAAGCUCGCCCAACGCAGCGGAGAGGAAGAGAGGAAGGGAGGGAAGGAAGGAGGGAAGAAAAAAGGGCAGCUGACCAGUAAGAGCUCAGAAGGAGGGAAGGCAGAGAGGAAGAAGAAGGAGGAGGAAGAAGAGGAGAAGAGGAAGAGGGAAGAGAGGCCUGGCAUUGAGGAGGAAGGAGUGCUGAACGACAUGGAGCCGGUGCAGAGUUACUGCAGCGAGGGAUGGCACUCCGUCUGCUCGUUCUUUGUCAAGUUUUUUGAGGGUUGAUAGGAAAUUAUGAAGAAAAUGUAAAGCUCAUUUUUGAUACAUACUGGUGCGAGUUCACAAUCUGGAAUAAAUGAAGGUUUCAGCCACUUUGACUUGGAUUUGGUCAUUAAACAUAUCACUUUGUUAGUAUGACCUUUUUGUAUCAUUUUAAACUUUUACAAAUGGAGCCCCAGGCACCUAAUUUACAAUGUUUUAGUGGUAUGAUAAUUAAAACCUGGCAAUCUGUAUUAUCUAUAUAAAACCAUUAAAUCAAACCUGUCAAUCCUGAAUGAAAGCC